AUGGACCACAGCGGUAUGGACCAUGGUGGAAUGGGUCAUGGCGGUAUGGACGGUGGCCAAUGUUCCAUGAAUAUGCUCUUCAACUGGCAAGUGAAAGGCCUCUGUAUCGUUUUCGAGUCAUGGAGAGUCACAGGACCCAUGUCACUCCUCCUCUCUCUGGUCGCCAUCGCCCUCCUUACGGCAGGCUACGAGUUUGUUCGGGAAAUCAGCAGGAGAUAUGACGAGAAAUGCAAUGCCACAAUGAACGCAUACAGCACAAGUCGUCCAGAGGAAUCAAGCUCACUGCUUGCAGGAUCGGACUCGAGGGAUGGAGCAGGGCAGCAAGGCACCGUCACCAGAGCGGGCCUCUAUGCCUUGCAAGUAUUCUACAGCUUCUUCAUCAUGCUCCUUUUCAUGACCUACAACGGAUUCGUCAUGGCGGCGGUAGCGGUGGGGGCGUUCAUCGGAUAUUUGACAUUCAGUUACAAGACUUCGCCCACCAAAACGGCGGCAUGUCACUGA